AUAGCUUCUGCACAUCUGGGGUGAUGCUGUUGCGUGAAAACGUCUACGCGGAGCUUCGACUAAACCUUCACGACGAUGCCUACAAGCUUUGAGGAUGGGUCAGCAUCUCAUGAUCACAAGAGACUUCACUACUUAUUCCUUGAAGGAUGUACUUCAUGACACCUCUGAUGUUUGGUCAUGGUGGUGAAGCAAAAGCGCAGGAGUUGGCUGGAGAGAUGGCUUCGGAAAGGCACGCUCGGCUUGGCACCGUCACAUGUCAAGUCGUCACCUUAGCACGGCCAGCUUCAGAGCCUCCAUCAUCCUUUAAUCACGAACACAACCAUGUGAAAUGGCCGACUGGAGCACGCGCUACCUCGCGGCUCUCGAUGCCCGCGACAAACGCGAAUCUAGACACAAAUUAUACAUCAACGCCUAUUCUCGUCUCGCUGACCGCAAGAGCGUCGCUCCUCCCUCUUCCUCGCCCGGUGCCAUCUCCUUCGCGACCGAUCAACCCAUCACCGACGAACUCACCCGCCUCCGUCAAGACCUGACAACUACUCAAGCCGCCCGCUCAUCCCUCGCAACCCAACUCCACACCCUCCAAACCACAACAACAACUCUCACAACCUCCAACACGACAUUAACACAACAACUCACCGCCACUCACCGCCAACUUGCAUCUCUAGAACGCAAACUCAAAGAUAGGGAUGAAGAGUUGCGGGAAAAGAAGAAACUUGUCGAAGAAGUGCAGGAUGAAAUUCUGGCCUUGACGGUAGAGUUGAAUGCUGUGGGAAGGGAAAAGGAAAAGCUGAAAGGUGAGAAUGGAGAGUUGGUGAGGAGGUGGAUGGAGAGAAUGGGGAGGGAAGUCGACAAGGCGAAUAGGGAGGGUGGAUGGGAGUGAGGCGGGUAACCGCCCUCAGACUUUCGUGUUCGGAUACGCUUGGAAUGGCUGCAAUCCUGCACGACUCAGACUUAAGAAGGGAGAGAUACAGCACUCCAGGGUCGCACAAUCAAGCUCAUCUCCUUGCGAGCUUCUCCUGGACAAAGCCCUGGAAAUGCGAAAUGCAAUGGCAAAAGCACCCUCUGAACAAGACGCUAGA